AUGAAUAUCAAUGUAGCCUCCAACCAGCCGGCCUCCCCAUCGCCGGCCCGAAACAACCACCCGUCCCGAACCCCGGGUUACAGACAAGCCCAGGCCCCAGACAAAACGACAACCUCUUUGCGUCCGUCUCCAACACAUUUCUUCUCUUUCGAUCAGGAAAGAAAAUCCACAGAAAAUCACCGCCGCCAGCCGCUCUCCUGCGGCUGCCACUCCCAAUCAUCCCAAAGACAUCGAAAGGAGUCCUCACGCCUCUUCCUCCAGUUGAUUUGGCUGGGCGCGCCCUCGGCGCCAAAUUGGCUCCGACAACCUGAGAGCCUCACAAGAACAUCCUCGUGUUUGUCUCAAGCUCUCAACUGGAUAUACAGAAGCCACCCCUUGGCUGCGAUGAUGCCAGUCCAUCUCCGCUCCGAGAUGCUUCUCACCAACCCCAUCGAAACAACUCUGCUAGCUGCCCAUAAAUUCAUCAACAGGCUCUAUCUCAUGAUGCAACUGUCUCUUCUCAUCUAUGCUUUCCUAGUCUUGCUGCGCGUUGGUGGCUCUCCGACCCCCAACACUGCAUUAACGCCUCGCGGAUCAUCAACCCACUCGGCCCGCGACGACAGCAGAGUCUCCACCUACGAUGAUGGCGCUGUAGACAGACAGAAUCCCGGCAGCAACCCCGGCGGCGGCCCCGGCGCUGGACAAGAACCCGAACCUGGCAAUGGCCGCCGCAAAAACAGAGACAGGGACGACAAUCAUGGUCGUGAUGGUGAUUGCGGGUCACAUUGCCCCUGA